GUCAAAAGCUUCGUGAAAAUGCUUUGAAUUCAAUUUGUGUUGUCCUAUUGGCUCAUAAAUAUUUUAUAUGGACGGUUAAAAGUUGAGUCUGGUAGAUGCACGCGCCGAUUGAUUGGAGUGAGAUUAGCGUGUUUGACGUCAGAAACUGCAAACAAAUGAUCCUAUAAAAAGAGAAAACUUGUCUGGGAAAAAAAGGAGAAAAAACUGAGCGCCGGCUGGGGAGGUUAGCGAGCCCCACAAACACGCAGGCACUCUUGUUGCACGCAGUCAGCACAGAACACAGUCGUGAAGAUGCCUCUGUCAAGCAGCUCCACGUCCUCCACAAAGAGCAUCCGCAGAGCAGCAUCCGAGCUGGAGAGGUCGGACUCCAUCACGUCUCCAAGAUUCGUUGGCAGACGCCAGAGUUUGAUCGAAGACGCGCGGAAGGAGAGGGAAGCUGCUGCGGCGGAGGCUGCCGAAGCCAGCGAGCAGAUCGUGUUUGAGGAGGAGGAUGGAAAAGCGCUUCUCAACAUCUUCUUCACCCUGAGGAGCUCCAAGACUCCCGCUGCGCUGUCACGGACACUCAAAGUGUUUGAGACAUUUGAAGCCCACAUUCAUCACUUGGAGACGCGACCGUGCCGAAAGCUGAAGGACAGCCUUGAGGGCCUGGAGUACUUUGUUCGCUGUGAACUUCACCUCUCAGACGUCAGCACUCUGGUCAGCUCCAUCAAGAGGAAUGCAGAGGAUGUCAAAACCACCAAAGAAGUUAAAUUUCAUUGGUUCCCAAAGAAAAUAGCGGAUCUGGACCGAUGUCAUCAUCUGGUCACAAAAUUUGAUCCAGACUUAGAUCAAGACCAUCCUGGCUACAGAGACACUGUCUACAGACAGAGAAGGAAAAUGAUUGGAGACAUUGCUUUCACAUACAGAUAUGGGCAGCCAAUCCCCCAAAUGGAGUACACAGAGGAUGAGAUUGACACCUGGCGACAGGUCUAUGGGACUCUGAGGGAUUUGUACACCACCCACGCCUGCAAAGAACACCUGGAGGCCUUUCGUCUGCUAGAAAGGCACUGUGGGUACAGUCCAGACAACAUUCCUCAGUUGGAAGAUGUUUCACGCUUUCUCAAAGAACGCACAGGCUUUCAGCUGCGCCCAGUGGCAGGUCUGCUCUCAGCCAGGGACUUUCUGGCCAGUCUGGCUUUCCGCGUGUUCCAGUGCACCCAGUAUAUCCGACACGCUUCAUCCCCUAUGCACUCCCCAGAACCUGACUGUGUCCAUGAGCUGCUAGGCCAUGUUCCCAUGCUGGCUGACCGAACUUUUGCCCAGUUUUCACAGAACCUUGGUCUGGCGUCACUGGGGGCAUCAGACGCAGAUAUUGAGAAAUUGUCCACGCUGUACUGGUUCACCGUUGAGUACGGCCUUUGCAAACAAAACGGAGAAGUAAAAGCUUACGGGGCUGGACUGCUUUCUUCUUAUGGAGAACUUGUGCACUGCCUUUCUGAUGAACCGGAGACUCGGGAGUUUGAUCCAGAGGCUGCAGCCAUCCAACCUUAUCAAGACCAGACGUACCAGCCCGUCUACUUCGUUUCUGAGAGUUUCUCAGACGCUAAAGAGAAAUUCAGAUCAUACGUCGCUGGCAUCAAGCGCCCCUUCUCGGUGCGGUUUGAUCCAUACACCUGCAGCGUCGAGGUCCUGGACAACCCACUAAAGAUCCAGGGAGGACUGGAGAGUGUGAAAGAUGAGAUCAAGGUGCUGACAGAUGCCCUCAGCGUUUUGUCAUGAUGAAAGCCUGGUCUACGAUCAUCCUGUCCCCUCCGCCGAGCUCUGUCGUGUCCAGCGUGUUAACAGUGUGUUGAUCUCCCUGUGCUGUCGCCAGUAUGACUCUGAAUUGUUGCUCGUCUUGUUUCUGCCCGGUUGACCCACAAUGUUGCAACCAUGAAACCUCAAAAUGCAGUGUGUGAAAAGUCUCCAAAGAUGUCCGCUUGAUGCUUUGCUGGGGUUUGGAUGCUUUUGUGAAAUGAUGUGUUGAUGCUUUUAAAGCAGAAGUGUUUCAGAUUCACGUCAGAGCCAAAAUGAAAAGGAUCUGUGAUCAUGAAUGUAUUAAAAAAUAAAGCAAAUAUGAUUAUUUUCAGAUUUUUUAAAUCAACAUAACAUUAUGAAAAAUGUAUUUAUUAUGUAUAUUUAUAUAGUUGGAUGUCCUGCCCUGUACUAAUGUGUAAUUGUGUUAUAAAAAAAAGAACACCAAAAAUAUAUGUAUUACAAUAAGUUAUUGAUAGUAAUGCGACAAAUAAUAAAAUAUUAGGGAAAUAUUUUUCUGACGGAUUUCUUGAUAUAUUUGUAAUGACAUUGGGCAUUUUCCAAUAUUAAAUAAAUUGAAAGUUCCUGUUCUGUUGCUCUGCCACAAGAGGGAGCUGUUCAGCAGGUGCUGCUUAAAACUUAUUCCUCCCUAGGGGUCACUGAUAUUUUUGUUGUUCAAGUGAAUUAGCGGUGAAGAAUAUUGCCCAAUUUCAAAAUAAAAGCAUAAAAAUAAAG